AUGACUGGAGCUGGGGCACCAGUUGGAGGAACAGGCUCGGGCUUCGGUGGACCGCCACAGCGCUCUUACGAGGAGCGUGCUGCAGCACGGGAACAGAUGAUGAAUAACAUUCGCGAGACAUCCCAACAGGAUCGCCGCGUCUAUGUCGGCAAUCUAUCAUAUGAUGUGAAAUGGCACCAUCUUAAGGAUUUCAUGCGACAGGCUGGAGAGGUUCUCUUCGCCGACGUUUUACUGCUUCCGAACGGAAUGUCGAAGGUGGGCUACUACACAAUUGUGGAGUAUGCUACGAGGGAACAAGCACAGGCGGCUGUCCAAACUCUCAGCAAUCAGAAUCUGAUGGGUCGUCUUGUCUACGUUCGUGAGGAUCGCGAAGCGGAACCACGAUUCAUUGGUGCAACCGGAGGCCGCGGCGGUUACGCCGGCUCCGCCGGAGGAGGCGGUGGUGGUGCUGGCGGCGGCGGCGGCGGCGGCGGCGGCGGCCCCGGAAUGCAGGCAGGCUACGGCGGAGGCGGCUACGGCGUCGGUGCUGCGGGUGCUCCUAUGACAGGCGGCAAUCGCCAAAUCUACGUCUCUAACCUCCCGUACACGGUAGGCUGGCAAGAUCUCAAGGACCUAUUCCGACAAGCAGCUCGAAACGGUCAGGUGAUCCGAGCCGACGUUCAUCUCGGCCCAGACGGCAGACCUAAAGGUUCCGGAAUUGUCAUGUUUGAGCAUCCUGACGACACGCGAAACGCCAUCCAGCAAUUCAACGGCUUUGAAUGGCAAGGCCGUAUGCUCGAAGUUCGUGAGGACCGAUUUGCCCACCAAGGUGUUGGUGGAUACGGUCGAGGCGGCUUCGGGGGGCGCGGGGGGUUCGCCGGCUCAUACGGUAGCGGCAGGGGUGCCUUCGGCGGUAGCCGAGGCGGCUUCGGCAGUGGUUAUGGAGCCCGCGGAGGCUACGGUAGUGGUGGGCCCGCUGGUGGGUACGAUGCCGCCAGUUCCACCCCAGCGGCCCCGAACUCGUUCACCGAUUUCGCUACUGCGGGGACCGAGCCAAGCGAAAUAAUCCACGUCCGAAAUCUUCCUUGGUCGACGAGUAACGAGGACCUGGUCGAGCUCUUCACCACCAUUGGGAAAGUUGAGCAGGCCGAGAUCCAAUAUGAGCCUAGCGGUCGAUCUCGAGGAACCGGCGUGGUUCGCUUCGACAGCACCACGACUGCGGAAACUGCAAUUUCGAAAUUUCAGGGCUACCACUACGGAGGACGACCCCUCGGACUGAGCUUCGUCAAGUACCUAAUACCAGGCGGAGGCGACAGCAUGGAAACCGAUGCGCACGGCGGUCUAACCCAAGAUCAGAUUAUGUAG